GUGGUUUUCUUUGGAAUAAGCACUGUAUAAACUGAUUCCAAAUCGGCUAUAGGGAGCAGGAAGUGCCAGAUGGAGACAUUUCAAGGAACAUACACGUGAAUGCUAUCAUUGACUGUUAGUGGACGGAUUGCAUUUCAAACGAGUGGUUUCAGGGUCAGUUUGCUAUUUAGGUAAGAUUAUUUAUUGUCUCAAGCGUUUGACUAUAUCAUGGUUACUGGCCAAGAGCUAAUUACCAAUCAGAGACGAACGUUUAGUGGUAGGGUUUUUUUAAUACCUAGCAAGUUAGUUAUAUUGGAACUAGAAUAUUAGCCACGCUUAAGUAUGCAGUUUUUAAGGAUUGGUUACAAUUCCGUCAGCACCUCCGGAAAAAAUAUUUUGUCUCGUCAUGUUAGGGACUCCGUGUGCUCUCUUUUUGCUUUUCAGUUUACUGCCUUAAGCCACAUGUCAACCUCUGCAGAGCCAGUGGUUAUCAGGGUACCCCGGAGAAUGCAAGAACACAUUGAAAAUGUUAAACAGAUGAAAGGCAGAAAAGCUGAAAAGGUCAAUACAGUCAAACCUGGGAAACUUCUAAUAAUGAGCAAGAACUCUCAACUGAACCAGGCUUCGGGCUAUACGCUUGGUAAAUUUGAACAACCGACCCUUGCUUCAAAAGGAUGGAAACACAGUAAGUCAUUUGGGGACUACUUUGUGAUAAAUAAAACACGGGACGUUCCACCUUGCGUUAGAGAAGCUGUACCGGAGGAGAACUUAAAGACCACAAGCAAAACGAUAACAUUUAAAUCUCUGAAUCUCUGUACAGAUAUUGUGGAAAUCCUGAGACGUGAUAAUAUCCUUUACCCUACGACUGUGCAGCUGCAAACCAUCCCCAAGCUUCUCCGUGGUUGCAAUGUCCUUUGUGCGGCUGAAACUGGAAGCGGAAAAACACUGACUUACUUGCUUCCUGUUAUUCAUAAACUGAAGGGAGAAAUUGGGGCAGACAACUUCAGAGUGGUUGCACCACACACAGGCUGUGUGGUCCUCGUGCCAUCCAGAGAGUUAGCAGAGCAGGUGACAUCUGUUGCUAAGGCCUUGUGUCAUCCCUUUGGGAUGAAGGUGAAAGUGGUGGGAGGCGGAAGGGGUGUAGGUAAUAUAAAGCUUGCAUUCGCCAGUGGUCCUCCGGACAUUUUAGUUGCCACUCCUGGUGCACUGAUCAAAGCUCUCCGCAGACACUGUUUGAGCAUGACUGAGCUUAGCUUCUUUGUAAUCGAUGAGGCCGACACCUUGUUUGACCCGAGCUUUGCAGACAUGGUGCAAACCAUUUUAACCCAUGCCCACAUAGCGUCCAGCCCUUCGCAGACGCAAGGCCCAGGCCGUAAGGCUCAACUGGUGGUGGUGGGGGCAACGUUCCCUGGCGGGGUUGGAGAUGUGCUCAGUCAGGUGACUGACUUGGGCAGUAUCGUCACUGUCAAGAGCCAGAUGCUCCACUUCCUGAUGCCUCACGUGAAGCAGACGUUUUUGAAAGUGAAGGGCGAGGACAAGCUCCUGGAGCUCCACCAGGCCUUGAAGGCCGCAGAGCAGGGCAACUCGGCGGUGCUGGUGUUCUGUAACAGGGCGUCUACCGUGAACUGGCUGGGAUACAUGCUGGAGGACUUCGGCGUUCCCCACUCGCGCAUUCAGGGCGAAAUGCCGGCGACCGUAAGAGCAGGGAUCUUCCGUUCCUUCCAGAAAGGCCUUGUGAACGUCUUGAUCUGCACGGACAUCGCCUCCCGAGGCCUGGACACGCAGAGGGUGAAGCUUGUCAUCAACUACGAUUUCCCAGAAUCCCAUGCGGACUACAUCCACCGGGCCGGACGCGUGGGCCGAGCAGGGGGCGGGGGCGGGGGCGAUGGGGCCGUCCUCAGCUUCGUCACUCACCCGUGGGACGUGGAGCUGGUGCAGACCAUCGAGACCGCCGCCAGGAGAAGAAGCGUUCUGCCCGGAAUGGAGUCGGCCAUCCGCAAGUCGGCCCCGAAACCAGACACCGAUAAGGACCCUGAAAGCUGAGCUGGGAUGAAGGGAGCCUUCCUGCUUCCCUUGUGGCUCUACUACACGUUAGUGGUGGAGUGAGUGGUGGAGAAGUUCUCCAGGCGGAUGCGGACGACCUUCUCCACGGGCGGGGGAGGGAAGAGGAAGUGGCAGGUGAAGACCUGCUGGCAGGCCUUGCGGAAAUUCUCGGAGAGGAACGCGUAGAGGAUGGGGUUGACGCAGGAGUUGCCGUAGGCCAGGCAGUGCGAGAUGAUGCGGAAGGCGAAGGAGGCUUCGUUGAGGGGGAAGGCGCCAAACUCCGCCCACAUGGCGAUGAUGUGGUGGGGCAUCCAGCAGAUGAGGAAGGCGGCCACCACCAGGAGCACAGUCUGAGCCGUCUGAGGGGCACAGAAGCAGAGACCGUAAUCAGCACGUUGGAGGGGCGGCGGAAACCAAUGUAAUUGGCACCAUCCGGCCCAUGUGGGGGUGAUAAAGGGAAGUGUUCACCUCUGUCUGCGCUUUCUAAGGAUGAAAAACUGAUAUACAGUAAUUGCAACUGUGUGGAGGUACCGGGGGGAGAUACAGCAUAAUCACAAUGCCCUGACUCCCACAUCAGGAUUUUAUGUACUACAAUAAUAGCAGUAUGAACACCGUUAACUUAAGUGGCUUUAACGGUGCUUUUCCCAAACACUUGAAGUACUAUAUUUAUUCCAGUUGUGCAAAGGGCACAGAUGCAGCUUUCCUGAUUCUACAUUUACUUUUGUUUCCCCCCUUGUUCCAAUGUCUUGGAUUGUUCAUUUUAGUUUUUUUAAAAUUCCCUCUUGACAAAGGUCGUUGUUAACCACACACUGUGCAAAAGCCUGUUUGUACUAGUGUGACACAAAAAUCUGAUUAAAGUGUGCAAUGCAUGUGCAUCCUUUCCUCAAAAUGAAUUCAUAUGCAGGCCUUUCAGUGGGGAGUGAAGACUUUAAUGUAGCAACAUUAUAAUAAAAUAUUUUCAUUCAGAA